CCUCGCGCUGUUAGGUUGUGUGAGAAGACGCUUUGUGAUUUCGCAAACGAAACGAUGCCGCGACAACGCAUAAGAACUACCACACGAGGAACCACUGACACGGAAGUAUACCGAAAAGCGGCUGAAGAGCAUUCAAGAGAUGGUACAAAAAUUAGAGCCUUGGCAAAAAAAUAUAAUGUUUGUCAUGUAACAUUAUACAGAUAUAUAAAAAAAAUUGAAGCAGGAAAUACUGGCGCCGUAGUGGGUUAUCGUUGCGUCAAUAGAGUUUUCAAUAAUGACGAGGAAAAAUGUCUACAGGACUAUUUGAUCGAGUGCUCUGGAGUGUAUUUCGGGUUAUCUCCGCCUGAAGUUCGUAAACUGGCAUAUGAGUUGGCGGUAAAAAAUGGUAAAACAUUUCCUGAAAAGUGGCAUGAUACUCAAAUGGCGGGUAAAGAAUGGUUGACUGGUUUUCUGAAACGCCACCCGAGCCUUUCUUUGAGAAGACCUCAAGCAACAAGCUUGUCGCGAGCCUCGAGCUUCAACGAACAUAAUGUAAGUAAAUUUUUUGAUAAUCUUGCUGAAGUAAUGGACAGGUAUAAGUUUGAGCCUAAGGAUAUCUGGAAUAUGGAUGAGACAGGGGUAACCACUGUACAAAGACCUAACAAGAUUUUAGCUCAAAAAGGAAUUAAACAAGUAGGCGCAAUAACGUCAGCAGAACGUGGGAAAUUAGUAACUGUUGCUGUUGCGAUUAAUGCUCAAGGUGGACACAUACCUCCCUUUUUUGUUUUCCCAUUAAAGCGAUACCAAGAGCACAUGAUACGAGAAGGACCUGUUGGUUGUGCCGGAGCUGGCAAUUCUAGUGGAUGGAUGCAGGAAGCAGAAUUUUUACUAUUUUUAGAACACUUUAAAAGACAAGUCAAGCCAACAGUUGAUCAAAAAUGCUUGUUAUUGCUCGACAAUCAUGCAUCGCAUAUAUCUAUCCAAGCUCUAGAUUUUUGUAAAAAACAUGGAAUAGUAUUGCUGUCGUUUCCACCCCACUGCACCCAUAAGCUUCAGCCUCUAGAUAGAGCAGUAUUUGGCCCAUUCAAAAAAAUGAUAAACGCCGCAACAGACAACUGGAUGCGGAAUCAUCCUGGUCAAACAAUGACUAUCCAUUAUAUUCCUGGAAUCGUCAGAGAAGCAUUUCCUGCUUCAGUCACUGAUCGAAAUGCAAUAGCCGGAUUUACCUGUACCGGUAUAAGUCCAUAUAAUAGAAAUAUAUUUACAGCUGUUGAUUAUGCACCAUCGACUGUUACUGAUCGGCCUUUACAAAUAAACAGUGACAAUCCAUCUAAUGACGUGUUGACUAGUUUUGAUGCAACGACAACCACCCAAGUUGAUCCAGAUACUGUCGAGCAUACAGGUAACAAUGAUUCUUCAAAUAUAUUAUCAUCUAAUCAAGGAUCCCAUUCGCCUACACCAGGACCUAGCGGGUUACAGAAAGCAAAUUCUUCUCAGCCAUUUGAUUUGACACCCAAAGAUCUGAGACCAUUACCACAAGCAGGCCCGAGGACUGUAUCAUGCAGAGGACGUAAAAAACGUAAGACAGCAAUAUUGACGGACACGCCCGAAAAAAACGCAAUUGAGGAAGAAUACCUAGAAAGAAACAAAGCUAAGAGAGCGGUUUUACCACCUGAUACUGGAAAUGACAAGAAAAAGUUGAUAUCUACGAAAGGGAAGGGAAAAGGAAAAAAGACAAAAAAAGCAGCUGAAGAGAAGGAAAACAAAUCAGACGACGAAGAUUGCUUUUGUCUCGUUUGUUUAGAAACCUUUGGCAAUAGCCGGCCAAGUGAACAGUGGGUUCAAUGCCUCUCGUGCAAAAUGUGGUCACAUGCCGAAUGUGUUCAUGAUGAUGCUAAUUAUAUAUGUCACAACUGUGAGUCUGAAUAAAAUAAGGCUGAUUAAUAAAAAAUAUUACUUUAAGUUUAAA